AUGGUCACUGGUGCCGAAGAUUGCAGAGACGUCCAGUGUCACGUCCCUCUGCCAGAAGCACGCGUCGCCGACGGCGUCCUCGAAGGCCGCCUUACGGUGCUCGCCGCCCUUACGCCACCCAGAUAUGAAGUUGAAGUAGAAGGCGAACAGGUCGUCUGGCGUCCGGGGCGGACGGGUGAGGAGGCAUUCCAGGUAGCCGCACAGCCUGGCGAAGGGCGACGAUGCGCCGCCGCAGAAAGCGCCGAGAACGUCCAUGAUGUGUCGGCCUGUGGAGGCACGGGAGGCCAGCCUGGUAAUGUUGGAGAGGCCCAUGGGCGUCUUGCACGGCAGGCCGGGCGACGUAGUGUCACAGCCGGAGCACUUGACACAGCUGUCCAUGGGUGUAACAGCGUGAGGUAG